AUUUGGUUCUCUCAUCGAUAUAAAUAUCUUCCCUUUUGAAUAUUGUUGUCAUUCGAAGUUGAAGGGAUCAAGAGCAAAAGAAUUGGGUGGAGAAAGCGUUCAGUCUGAGAAUUAUGAAGCUCCUACUAGGAUUACUUACUCUUCAGUUAUGUAUUGCGGGACUUCAUAUUGUCUCUAGACUUGCACUUGACAUGGGGGUCAGCAAAAUUGUUUACACAGUAUAUAGAAACGUCAUUGCAGUGAUUCUGUUGGGUCCUUUUGCUUAUUUCUUAGAGAAGGAAGAAAGACCACCUCUUACUUUCUCUUUGCUGCUUCAAUUCUUCCCUCUUGCAUUAUUUGGGGUCACAGCUAAUCAAGGGUUUUACCUCCUUGGUUUGUACUACGCAUCUCCAACAUUUACAUCAGCAAUGCAAAACUCAGUUCCAGCAAUUACUUUUGCACUGGCUUCAGCGCUGAGGUACUUGGAGGUUCUUAUCAGAAACUCAUCACAAGUUAUUACGAAGAUAGGAUCUGCUUGUCAUCUCUCUCUUUCUCUCUCUCUCAGGCUUGAGCCGGUUAAUUUCUUAAGGAGAGACGGGUUAGCAAAAGUGGUGGGAACCAUUUUAUGUGUAGGAGGUGCCACCAUUAUCACUCUCUACAAAGGCCCUCCUCUUUUUCAUCUCAACGAUCUCCCACCGGGAAAUACAGUAGUACGCAGCAUCUUUCUCCAUAUCACAGAAGUCAAAAACUGGACGUUAGGUUGUCUUUACCUAAUUGGGCAUUGCUUGUCAUGGUCUGCUUGGAUCUUACUUCAGGCUUCAGUCGUAAGAAAAUACCCAGCUAAACUCUCUAUUACUACCUUUACAUGCCUCUUCGGACUACUACAAUUCUUGGUAAUAGCAAAUUUUGCAGAAACAGACAGCGAGCACUGGAAAAUCCACUCAGUACAGGAGCUUUUAAUCAUUCUCUAUGCUGGAGUAGUGGCAACUGGAAUUGUGUAUGCUCUUCAAAUGUGGUGUAUAGACAAGGGAAGACCUGUUUUUGUUGCUGUCUUCCAGCCAGUGUCGACAGUUAUAGUCGCAGUCCUAGCUUGUCUCAUACUUAGCGAUCAGUUAUACACAGGAGGGAUUAUUGGGGUAAUACUCAUCAUCAUUGGUCUUUACUCAGUUCUUUGGGGGAGAAAUGAAGAAAGGAAAUUCCGAGAAAGGAAGGAAGAGGCUUUGACAAGGCAUCUCCUUUGUGAGAAAAAUACUGUAUGCCAAGAAAGUGCAGUUGUAUCAGACAUUCCAUGAAAACUCAUUUUUUUAAGAGAUCAAGGCGGUUCAGAUUUUUGGGAUUAAUAAGGAUCUGAGACAAUUGAUUGUCUGAAAAAAUUUAAAAUACCGUCUAAUGUCUGGACUUCGUUCCUAGAAUUUUGCUGAAGGUAUGGAGUUUGACAGGUUGUGCAUCGACAAUGUGUCAAUAUAUCAGAUCAGAGAGAGGAGAUUAACUGUGUGUGUGUUGGUGGGGGGGGCUCUUCUUCACUUCUUCAGUCAUCUUCAUUUCCAACUAAUCAUUCCAUGCUUUUCUAGAAUGAAUUUUCUAUUGAGCUUUAGUAACUUGAUCAUUGUACAAUCAUUUGGAGCUAGCACAUAUGUGGUUGAAUUAGGACCUUAGGUUUUGAUGGUGCAAUCUAUGCCACAUAGAUUGUUGGCAUA